ACGGCUAGUCGAACCGAGGAGAUCUGGUGGCUUGUGAUUUUACAUUUUUCUUGGCAUUUAGAGUCCCAGACAAAGGAAAUUGUGUAUGUUACACUUUAAUAGAUUCUUUAAACUAUUGGAUUGAAAUAUUUUGAAGGAAAUCUAACGAUCCAAAAUGAAGUUUUUAAGUAUCUUUAAGAUGCGUCCAAAGCGUUGGCAAGUGAUUUGGACCUGUUGACAGAACACAAUUCAUGGCUGUUGGAGGAUAAUUGUUAAACAAUUUGUCACUAAAAGUGAGAUGUAACACAGAAACUAUGUGAAUAUCAACAUUUUUAGCUCCUGCUCAUACCCAUUUUUGGAAUAGAAAUGGUGAAAGAGGGAGAGAGGGAAGGUCUUGCUAAUCCAACAUAUUUGAAAUGGAUUUUAGAGGCCAUCGGGAAAGUGAAAUGUCAGAAACAAAGACCCAGUUUGGAUCGAAUCUGUCAUGCGAUUAAACAAUAUCACAAAGUCACUAAAGAGUCAAUCGAAGAACAGCUAAAUCUGGCUAUCAAGGAUGGCACUGUAUUACAAGUAUACAACAAAGGUUUGGUCUCGUACAAAGAUGCUGAUGCAAAUGCACACCUCAAACCUAGAGUUUUACAUGUUGAUAAGUCAACAGAUUUGUGCAAAAUCAUUGUCAGGUCAAUUCGUGCGAUGGGCGAGACAGAAGGGUCAUCAUUGUCAAAGAUCGAAAAGAACAUUCAAAACAGUUACAAUGUGGAACUGCAUGAUGGGAUUGAAUUGAUGCACCAACUGAAGGAUUCGGUGAAAAAAGGAGAAACAUCAGGAUUGUUGUUGAAAGAUGGACGUAUCAUUAAGCUGGGGGAGAAAAGUCUGGAGUCGGACUCCGCAGGAAGCAGUAGUCACUCUGGAUCUUUUGACGAAGACUCUGGGAGUGACCUGUCAUUUUCCUUUGAGCAGAGUUUGAAAUGUGCCAAACCUAUUCCAAUCUGCUGCUUCUGCUUGGGGGAUGAGAACAAGAACCGCAAUAAUGAAUACGAGGACCUGAUCUCCUGUGCUGACUGUGGAAACAGUGGUCACCCAUCUUGCCUGAAGUUUUCUGCCGAGUUGACAGAAGUUGUUAAGGCUCUUAGAUGGCAGUGUAUCGACUGUAAAAAGUGUUCCUUUUGUCAAAAAUCUGGAAGGGAGGACAACAUGCUUUUCUGUGAUUGCUGUGACCGGGGGUUCCACAUGGGAUGUUGUGACCCCCCACUUAUCAAAGCCCCUAAAGGCAAGUGGAGGUGCAACAUAUGUGACCCAAAUAGAGGCAGCAAAAAGGGGAAACGAUAUUUGGAACUGGCAGCUAAAAUGAAAAAGAAGUUUAGCAAAACAAUGGCAACAAAGAGCAUGCGAACCCCAAAGGAGAAACCCCCAGUUGCAAAAUGUGCAACACCUGGCUGUGAUGGAGCUGGUAAUGUCAAUGGCAAAUCAGCAGUCCAUAGGACGCAAAUAUUUUGUCCACUGUUGACGCCACAGCAAAGACGAAUCUUCCGCAUACAGAAAAAAUUUGGGGUCAAGAAUGGCAUCCGUGGCGGCCACUCUGGCUCCGAAUCGGAGGACGAGUCCUCAUCUGGUAAAGUAGCAUCUACUAAACACACAAAGGACGACAGUUCUUCAUCUCCCGGUGAUCAGUCAGAGAGCGAUGAGGAGGCUAGCACCUUUGAGCCGUUUUUUGCCUUGACCGAACCCAAGGGCUUAGUCGAUGGCUUGUCACGGUUUUUCACGCCAUCAAACAAAAGAACUUCUAGGGUGUCUUUGAAUUCUGGCGAUUUUACAGCACUGUCCAAUAAAGCCUGUUCUAUAAACAAUGGUGUAAAGCAAUCACAAAGCAACUCACAGCAGGCUGCCAGUAGGAUACUUAAACGCUCUAGGUUACUACAGGCUGCCAAGCGCCACAAAUACACGGGGCCUCCGGGCACUGGGCAACUGAAGGGGCUAUUUGACGGACUCUCCCAUUUGUUUACUGCUCAGGGGGACAGGAAGAAACUGGUACCUGAUUAUGCCCCAAUAUCGCGAGGUCGCCGACGAAUGAAGAUAUCUGACUAUUUUCAUAAGUGUAGCCCUAUUUAUAGUAAUAAUAAUAACAAUAUCAAUGACAUUCUAGAGAAGCCAGCGGAAAGGUCAAGUUCGCCCUCUCCCUCUUCCUCUUCCUCUGUGGACUCCUUGGAAGAGCCAGUCCAGUCCGACAUGUUAGUUGAACCGUCCAAUGACUUUCCACCGGUUAUACCUAUGCUCCCAGUGGCCCGGGGUCGAGGAGCAGGUCGAGGCAGGGGUCGGGGUCGAGGUAGAGCUAGGGGUACAUUUAAUUCAGUCCGGGGCAGAGGGCAAAGUAGAGGAAGACCCUUUGUGAAACGAGGGAGGCCUUUCAGCAGAGGAAGACCAUUUAGCACUAAGACUAGGCCCUUUAGUCGCGGCAGGCCCUUCAGUAAAAGAGGUCAGUCGUUGAGUAAAGAACGGCCAGUUGGUCGUGGAAGACCCUAUAGUACAGGUAGGCCAUUCCAUAGAGGUAGGCCCUUUAGUCGAGGAAGGCCAUUUAGUGAAGGUAGGCCAUUCAGCAGAGGAAGGCCAUUCACCCGAGGGAGAGUAAAGCUUGGGAGGCCAUUCAGCAAGACGCUUCCGUCUGGUCGAGGAAUGAGUGCUGGCAGAGGAGUGAGUCGUGGAGUAGGUCGAGGCAUGGGUAGAGGAAAAGGGAGAGGUGUAGGGAGAGGUGUUGGGAGAGGAAUGGGACGAGGUGUAAAGAAAGAACUUUUGAGCAAUAUAUUUGAGUCCAAGAUCCUACCAAUGUCUUCACCACCAGUAGUUGGCAGACCUGCCAGAGGUGCACAUUCCAAACUUACAUCAUCGCCGAUUGUCCAGUCGCCAGUGACUCAUUACCCAAGGGGUCGGGGGCGGGGGAGGGGUGGCAGUCAUGGUACCCCCGUCCCCCCGGCCCCUUCUUCAUCAGAGAGCGAGGACGACAGCGAUGAGGACAGCGAUUCCGACGAUGACGAUGAGGACUCUCUCAUCCUUGCCAGUGGAUUAGAACACAGGGAUGAAGAGAAAAUGGAGCUUGACAACAAUGGGCUCCCACCUCAUGUCACUGAUGACGAUGUGGAUCUCUUCAAACUUGCGCAGGAAAAGGCGCAGGAAGCACUCAACCAGUAUGAUAUUGAUUUACAGGAUGCGGCAAGCAACUGCAGUAGUGAGCUGUGUGAAGCCCCUGCCCCUACGCCAGUUCAGAGCCGCUUCCCACCCUGCAUUGAGUUUGGAAAGUACGAAAUACAAACAUGGUACUCGUCACCAUAUCCACAGGAGUAUGCCAGGCUGCCGAGGCUGUACAUCUGUGAAUACUGUCUAAAGUACAUGAAGAGCAGAAAUAUCCUCCAACGACAUAUGAACAAAUGUGACCUGCACCAUCCACCUGCCAACGAGAUUUACCGUAAGGAUGGAAUAUCUGUGUUUGAGGUUGAUGGUAAUGCCAGUAAGAUCUACUGUCAAAAUCUGUGCCUUCUCGCCAAACUCUUCCUCGACCAUAAGACUCUUUACUAUGAUGUUGAGCCCUUUCUCUUUUAUGUUGUUACCACCAACGAUGAGCUUGGCUGUCAUGUCAUCGGCUACUUUUCUAAGGAGAAACAUUGUCAACAGAAAUACAAUGUGUCGUGUAUAAUGACAAUGCCCCAGUACCAACGCAAGGGCUUCGGCAGGUUCCUCAUUGACUUUAGUUAUUUGUUGUCGAGGAUUGAGGGACAGCCUGGCUCCCCUGAGAAGCCCCUCUCUGACCUUGGGAGAGUCAGCUACCAGGCCUACUGGAAGAGCAUUAUUCUGGAAUACCUUCACAAGUAUCGAGACGCUAAAGUCUCAAUUAAAUCUAUUAGCCGGACGACAGGCGUGUGUCCUCACGACGUUGGGCAAACCUUGCAUCAGCUUAACAUGGUGGCUCACAAAGACAGCAAAAUUGUGAUAGCAGUCAACAAGCAGUUGGUCAAUGACCAUAUGGAACGCCUGGAGACUAAGCGUCAUCAGCGAAUAGAGCUUGACCCAGAUAGUCUGCGCUGGACACCCCUCAUAUCUAGUCACUGCAUCAAUGAGGAGGAGCGCCGUGCUGAGACAGAGUUACGAGAGAUGUCCAAAAUGGUGAACACCAUUGCUGAAGACCGAGAGUGGAUGCAAUCUGUUAGUCCCAAAAAAUGUGAAACCUCAUCGCCGAAAAAGAGAGAUUCGCCAUACAAGUUAGAAAUUAGUCCCAGGAGAAUGGAGCUCUCCCCCCGUAAAAGUAUAGACAAUCCAGUGAAGAUACCAGAAGGUGGAACUCCGUUUUCUAGCCGUGAAUCGUCGCCGCAACGUUCCCCUAAAAAGGAAGAUGAGACCUCCCAAGAUGAAAGUGUAGAAAAUUUAAUUGAGCAGACAGUGGACAAAAAGGAUAAUAAACUGAAACGGAAAGACGAUAGCCCUAAUGAUGAUAGUCCCGCACCUAAGAGAAGGCCUGGACGGCCACCAGCAAAGAAACGUAAGCUGCUGGACCCUGAGAAUGAAAAUAACAGCUCAAGUAGUAAGAAGUGUCGGAGAGAAAGUGGUCGUGGUGACAGACAGACAGACGGUAUAGAUAUUCUGAGCUUGCCUGAUAAUGCUAUGGAGUUCUCUUCUGUGUCCACCGGGCUCUACAAGAGCCACAUGCCACGGGAGAAAAUGAAUGGUCAAUCAGAUACCCAACUCGAGUCGGUGCCAGAGGAGGAUGAGAAAGAGGAGAAAGUUCCAACUCUAAAACAACGCCGCUCUCGUCAAGGUUGGCCGAAGGGGGUUCCCCGUGGUUCACCGGUCAAGAAAGUCAAGAAAACGCGGGGCAGGCCCCCAAAGUGCAAUUACCGCUCACUGGCCGAUACAAAGGAUGACAGUACAGACAACGCUGGUGACACUGACAAUGAUGUAGAGGGAAGAACUGGCAAGGGAGGAGGAGAUCAUUGUGUAAACAGACAAACAGUUAGUCCUGUUACUAAGGACUCCUCUAAGGAGGAGAUGACGCAGGAAUUACUGAAGGAAUCAUCGAAAGAGUUGUCUCAGGAGUCGGCCAACUUAUCCUCAACAGAGGAAGCUGUCAGUCACAUUCUGUCGGAGUCGGAGGACGUGCCCACUAAGUUAUUUGGUGAUGUUACCAAUGAUAAUGACUGUGAUAACAGUGUUAGGAAUACAAAUCUUAAGUCGGAUGACGACCUUGACAAGAAUGAGGAUUCGGCGGAUGAUUCGGAUGAUGACAGUGACAGUGUGGAGAACAGUCGCGAGAUUGAGGAGGCCGUCCAUGCCCUUCAGGAGGCAGAACAGAACCAGGAACCUGAAGAGGGCGGAAAUGACUCUGGUGAUGAGGGUAGUAAUGGAAGCCCAGGGGAUGUGGAGAUGAAGGCGGAUAGUCCUGAGCAGGAACGGGAACGGAUGACCCCAGAUCCACUGCCUGUCCAUGAACCAAGUCCCGCCCCUCAGCCAGCCAUGACAGACUGUGUAUCAGACACUAAUAGUGAUGUGCCCGCCCCUCUCACCCCCCAGGUCCCUACACCACCCCAAGUGGUAGAGGGGUUAACACCAGAGUGUACCCCACCUGUCGAGGAACAGACCACACCCACAUCUAUCCCACAAGUAGAGACCCUGCCAGUGACAGAGCCUAAACCUGUGGACACCACACCACAGAAAACCCCUGCAUUGAUAGAUACUGAUGAUGUAGACUCGGCUUUGGAGGAUGAGAAUUCAUCCGAUGAUGACAUUCCAAGUGAUGACAACUAUACAGGACAAUACUGUGAUUCUCCUGUGAGAGAGACUCUCAAUACUUCACAAAACUUUCAGGAAACUUUCACUGAGGAGUUGCGUACAAACUUUGACCGUGGUCCAGCUAGUAACAUGUCUGGUCAUGCAAGUAAUAUGUCGGGACCAGCAAGUAACAUGUCUGUGACAGGACCAGCUAGCAACAUGUCUGUGACAGGACCGGCUAGCAACAUGUCAGUGACGGGACCGGCUAGUAAUAUGUCUGUAACGGGACCAGCAAGUAACAUGUCUGUGACAGGACCGGCUAGUAACAUGUCUGUAACGGGACCAGCAAGCAAUAUGUCUGGUCCGGCAAGUAAUUUGUCAUCAACUACUGAUCAAAUAGCACAGAGAGACCCUAUGAACAUGGGAUGUGUGGAAACUCCCCCAGCUGCGACUGUGUCUGCCCCAUCAGCCCCUCCUCCUGCCCCAACACAGGCUCCCCCUGCCCAACCUCCAACCCCAGCCCAGCCCCCAGUUCCACCUCCUGCUCAACAAACACAUCCAAAUCAAAACUGUGGCAAUGUACAGAGCAUCUAUCCUUCACAAAACAAUACUAUUAAUAACAUUCCGAAUGCCAACAUGGCCUCGAACAACUACGCAAAUGUAGACAUCGAUGUCGCCCAACUUGGAUUGGAGUCGCCCACGUCCAUCAGCAGUACAGAGAUGACCAAUCCAAACAUGGGCGGGGACCCAGUGGGCAAUUACUAUGACUGUGCUCAGACACAGCAGAUGUACAUAAACAACAUGAUGGCCAGUGGCCGCUACAUGGACAUGGUCAACUCUCCUCACCCGGUCAGCUGUUCGUCCAGUGCUGGUGGUAACUAUAUGCAGUCUGGACCUGCCAACACCAUGCCUAGCUACUGUCCACCACCACCUGUGUCCUCUUAUGCGUCAGUGCUAUUACAACCAAACAACACGCAUAGGCUUACCCACAACAACACACCAUGUUCCGUCCCUGUGGGGCGUCAGUUCGCGGGCCAGAACCAAGGAGGACCAAAUCAGAACAAUUCAAGUUGUAGUAUCGCUAAACUACAACAGCUCACAAACGGGUUAGUUGACAUUAAUAUGCCAGACAACACCAUGACUCCUCCCCCAAACCUCACACCCCCACCCCCUGUGAAUAUGACGCCUCCCCCAUCCAUGAUCAGGAACAUGGCCACCCCACCCAUAUCGAACCUGCAGGCCCAGAAUUCGUCGUCGCUUGUGCCUCAGUACAAACAGUACCAAAGACAAAGAUCCUCAUCUACGUCUGUGAGGAAAAGUCCCAAUGUGACAGUUAACCCCAAUAUGCCCCCUUUUACACCCAAUGUGACGAUUCGCCCAGGCUCCAACAUGAUCACUGGCUAUAACAUGCUGGACAGCUAUCGCAUGCGUCAGCCCAUGCUCAAUCCAGGCUAUAUCAACCAUGCUGGGUUCAUUAAUCAGCUCGGCCAGACGUCGCAGCUGCCCAUGCAAAUGUUGAAUAUGAAUAUGAACAUGAACCCUGCAGCGCACCAACAAUUCCAGCAGCACAUGCAAGCGCCACAGUCCAAUAACUCGUACCCUGCGUAUGGUUACAUGACCGCACCCACGCUUAACAUGAAUGGAAUGAUGCGCAGGUAGCACCCACUAACUUGCUCCUACAACAUAUCUCAUACUGCAAAGGUCUUUAUUUUUGGUGGCUCUCAUUCCCUCUUUUUUCAUGGUCGUCAUUAUUUUUUUCUAAGCAUGGAAUAAUUUUGACAUUUCAAUGACGUUAAUAUUCAUUUGAAGACGGCAAGAAAAAAAUGACCCCACGAACAGUAAACAGUUUGUGAAAAUGUGAAAAAUUUGAACCAUCAAAAAUGGAGUACAUUUACAGUAAUCUAUCAUAUUGUAUUAUGUGAUCACCUCUUUCCAUGCAAAUAUUAAAGUAAUAUAAGUACUGCCUUUGUAAAUACUUUUCUUAAAGUUAUUUGUACAUUUUUUGUUUGUAAGUCAUUAUUAUUAUUAACUCUAUUACAUGAUAUAUAUGAAUUAUAUAUAUAUAGAUUUAUGUCCAGAAUCAUCAUCGCUCUUUCACUGUCAUUUCCAGAGGACUAGAAUCCAGUCCUUGUAGUGUGUUUCAUUAAUGUUGAUGAUGUGAGUUCGAACUGUGGUGAUCACACUCUCAUUGUUAGUGCUGUCCCUGCUUGAAAGAAAAGAGCUCAACUUUUUAAGUUCAUUGUUUGAAAUCCUGGUGUCAGAUUAAGUUUUGAAAUUUUAGUGCAAUUGUUUGCUAUUCUCAACUAUAACAAUAAAUGGAAAGUUUUACUUCAGAUAAGUUCAAUGCAGAGUAAAAAGUAUGUUUGAAAGAGUUCUUAUUCAAUUCUAAAUAUUAAAUAAUUUUCUGAGAAGGGAUGAUACCUAUAGUUCUGAGGGAGGACACAAGUAAUCUGAAGCAUGUUCUGUUUCUGGAUCAAUAGUUUCCCACAGAGUGAUAAACAGCCAAUGAUGCAGUAAACUUGACAAUGAAAGGAGUGACAUCAACAGCUUGUUAUUUGUGAUCAUUUCCAAUUCUCCUUGUGACAUGGUGCAUCGUCACAGGAUUUGUGUUUUUUUUUUGUACAUGUGUGAGACAUGUGUGAUCUUUGUCCUGUUUAUAAACUUUUUUUCUCAGGUAUUCCUGUUAGACCUGUAAUCAGGGGGUGUAAAGUAUGUGUCGGUGCGUGUGUGUAAGUUAGUGAACAGUUAGGAACAUAGGCCAGUUCAAGCAGGGAAACAAAUUUACAUUACAACCUUUUGGAUGUGGUUAAUUAAGAUUGCAUGCACUGCUCCUAUAAGCAUUGCAUUGAUUGAAGAAUUUUAACCAAAUUUUGUUGGGAGCAUCUUCAGGCCAAAGGGGAACUGGAUAUUGCAUAAAUGGAAGGGUGAGGCAAACUAAAUCUUAAAAAAUCAAUUUCUCUCUCGCUACAAAGUGAGGGAUUUAAACCAAAUUUGGUCAAGAGAACUCAAGGUUGUAUAAAUUGAGUAUGUCAACCUCUUAGGGGCAGAGGGGCUGGGCCCAAUAUGGGUAAGUCUUUGACAAAUCCUUAUCCUCAAAAUGGAGGGAUUUUAACAAUGUUUGUUUUAUAGUUUGCCAAGUGGACUAAAUGUUAUAUAAAUGGAGGGUGAGCUCCUGUUGGACAGAGACAGGACCCAGUGGGUGAAAUUGGAUCAUAACUUGAAAAACGUCUCGAUUUCUACCCUAUAUCCAUAUCUAACCAUAUAGGUGGUGGUAUCCAGUAGAGAAAUAGGGUGGAAACACUUGAGGUUCCCACCCUAUAGCCCGAGACUUACCUCAUUACCAUAACACGGAUCAAAUGUUGUAUACAGGAAGAGUGUGAGAGACAGAACCAAAAAUUGAAAAUAUCCGCAACUUCAUAUUUCAUGAGAAUAUUUUGCAGUGAUUGCUUAAAUAUCAAAGUGAGCAAUUUAGGCCCUGUGAGCCUCUUGUUCUACCAAUGUCUGUAACAGAUCUAAAAUAAGGAUUGUAGAAGUUGUGGCAUUGGUAUACAUGGCUGCAUGACCAUUUUUUGAAUAACAUUUUUUUUCUACUUGGGGACACCAUUCUUUUUUAUAUUGAUUACAAACCUUUGAACCAUGAAGAUGCAGUAGGAUGAAUUCAUUCGCCUAAGAGAUGUAUUUAUGAACCUAGUUUUUUGCUUCUUUCCAUCUUUCAGCCAUUCUUUGGUUUUCUGAAGAGUUUCCUGUUUAUUCUGGCUGUCCUGGAGUAACGGUUCCAGAGAGUUUGUAUUUGGCGGAGUUUCCUCCCUUUGUUAUUUCUUGGUUUUGUAUGGAAGUGUUAUCGGUAGUAUACACCGGGUUGUGUCGAACGGUCGGAGGGAUCUUGUGUGCGAGAUGAGAUGUAGCUGGGCCGAGUUGAUGUCCGACAGUUUUCAGAAUGUUUAACAUGACCUGUAGACUUGUCAACAGGAUGUGCCCAGUGUAUGGUAUACUACUAUUGAUCAUUACAUCCAUGCAUGUCCCGACAAUAACCAGGUCAGGAUAUAGAUGUGGUCACUAUUCCUCUGGUGGUUAAACAACUUUCACUGCUCUUCUUGGAUGGGGAAGUUCCUUCUGGUUUUAUAAUUUUUAUAAUUGUGAUGCACCUUAAUUCCUUAUUUGUCUUGAGUACAAUAAUUUCUUGCAUACCAAAAUCUUUUUCAUGUACAGUUCCACUCUAUUUUUCAAAAAAGUGAAAGCUGUUUUACUUGUAUGGAAAGCCGUCUGAUUUAAGAAGAAAAAAUCCUGGUACAUUUUUUGGUGGCAUUGUGGAAAAGCUAUGAAAACUUGUGUUGAGUGUCCCAAUACAAUGCUUACCAUAUGGUGUGUUGGCGGGACCAGCAUUGGACUAUUCUCCUGUUUAAUGAAGGUCUGUUGUAUAUUGUAUUAUGGACGCCUGACCAGGUCAGUGUGCAUUACUACACUGUUGUGUUAUUUUUACUUGUUUGAAAUGUACCAGUGUUUAAAUUGAUUGAUAUAGGGCGUUUUGUUGUUGAUAUGUGUCUUAGAAUUCCAGUUUGUUUUAUAAGCAGUAGUUGAAUCUCAUCCCCAGUUGAUUACCUCUUUUGUUUAGGACAGCUGUAUAUACGGUUAAAAUUAGCUCGGUUUUAUAUGGUGGUAUGUGAAGUGAAGGUUAAAACUGAUAUAAGUUAGUUUGAAGUCGGUAUAGAAGUUUCUCAUUUAAACUAAUGUAAAACUAAAAAGUCAAUGGUGAUCUUUAGUUUUCAAAGAUUUUGGUUUUUGAUUCAGAGAGCCAGGCUAUUUACUUGUUAAAGAUGCAGGGAUAUUUGUUUUUCAUACUAUUAAAUGGACACACGGUCUACAAUCUAUGCAUUGUGUUUCCUCUAGACAAUUUCAGCACUAAAUAUUGGCGUGGGGUAUGGCUUUGUUGGCGAAUGUUCCCUCUCAGUAUGCAAGUAUGUCGCCAACAUUGCAGUUUUUAUAGAUAUGCAUAGAAAAGGUAAAAAAAUGGUAGAUUUUUCUGUGAUAUUUCUUGCUCCUUGUGUUAAAAAGUCUGAAUCCCUUCACUGCAGGUAAUGUCCUAUAUUUGAUAAGGAGUAACCGUGUGGGAUAUUUCUGUCCAACAUCAGGCAGUUUAACUAAACAUUUGAUAGAUAACAGUUAAAAUUGUGUCACAUUGGUAUUGCAUACCUGAGCAUAUUGGAGAAAUCUGGGCCUAUUCACCCAUGUCAGUUCUCUGUGUCUUAUGUUUUAAACAAAUCUUCAAUUUAAAAUAUAGGAGAAAAUUGUUGUUCAUGGAAAUAUCACCUCCAUGUUCUUAAUUUCAAGUUGGAAUAAAACAAGCUUUGUUCUUGACAUCGAAGUACUAACACUUGGACUAUCCCGAUCUGUAAUCUAUUAACAGCACUUCUGUGUGCAGUGCCCUGGAUAUUAUUUUAAAACUUCUUCCAUUGUGAUCAAGUUUGACUGUGUAAUCAAGGCAGUAUCUAGAAUUCUUAAGGAAACCAUCCAUUUCAUUAAUGUAUAUCCGAUUUCAUUCUUUUUCUGUUUGUAAUUAAAACUUUUAAGUAGAAAUUGAAAGCCUUCACACUUUAUAAUAAAAAUAUCAACUACUUAUGUCAGGAAUCUUGUGCAAUAACCUGUAUAUUAAAAUCUCAAAUGCCAUUAGAAAUAUUAUAUGUAAAUACUUAUGGUAAAUUAUGAAAAAGUCAUUAUAAUCCAACCAGCAAAAAACUAGUUGUUCACUGCAGAAUCUGGUACUUGCCAUGUAUGGAUGAGUGUUUUAUGAAUGUUUUUAUCGUUCAGACUGUUAGUUUGUUAUUUAAGAGUGAAAUUGGGUGGAGUUGUGUGUGUACGGGGAGGAGUCAUGUGUGUUGUGGGUGGAAUUAGUGUGAUGUAGGAGGGCUUACAUAUGAUUGACAGGUUUAUAGAAAUGCACGUGAUUUAGGAUCUAAGUUUUCGGUUAUGUAAUGUGGGUGACUUUGAGAAUGUGUUACAUGUCUGGUAGCAGACAAGUGCUUUGAAGAAUUGGUUGUCUUUCGUUCUGUUGUAACAAGUGCAAGUAUUAUAAUAUUACUGGUGUUCAUUCAUCUUAUCAGCUGGGCAACUUGUCAGGUGCCACUCUGGUAAGCGUCAGAAUAUUUGUUAUAUUUUUGUCUAGAAUGUAUAUAUGUGAUGCCAUCAAUUUGUGGAUUGUGCAUUUUAAAACAUACAAAAAAAGUUAACAAUAAAUUAUGAUCUUUUUUCAGAAC